AUUGGAGAUCCACACGAGUCUGUACUCAAUGAAGUGGUUCUUUCAAUGUUUCUUGGAUAGAGUCCCGUUCCCUCUCACACUAAGACUGUGGGAUAUAUUCAUGCUGGAAGGAGAUAAAAUACUCAUAUCAAUGGCGUAUACCCUUAUGAAACUACACAGAAGAGUGAUGAUCAAGAAGGACAUGGAGAUGGUCGUAAGGUACCUACAGGAGCAGUUGGUCCUUGACUUUGGUUACAGGGACGAUGAGGUCAUAGAUGCCUUACAGGAGGGGAUAUCAGAACUGAAACGCUCAAAGCUACUGGUGCCCCCGCCCGCUAAGCAAAAUGAGAACCCCAUCCUCCCCUUCGGACUGUCACGGCAACCGUCGAUAGGCCAAGCCACGGGGCUACGAACGCCCAUGCCAGUCAGCAAUGGCACCAGUAAACAGUCCCAAUCUCCCUCCGUUCCUCAACCCCACACGUCCGAAAAAGACAAACGAAAUCAGGUUACCCAGUCAACAUCAUCAUCUUCCCAACCACCGACUCCUACUAGUACCAUUGUUUCAGCUUCAAACGGCACAUCUCAGAAUACCUCCCCGGACAAACGCAAACCAGAAGAGAGUUACUACAGCAGUGUGACUUCCUUUGAAAGCCAAUACUCGGCUCGUUCUUCGGGCACGCAAGCCAUUAAGAACAGCGGCGGAUCCCCCGCAAGGUCGGAACCCGGCAGCAGUCGCAAUAACGAUUUGACACCGACGGGUCGCGAGUUUGUCGAAGGGUUCCCCUACCAGGACAUGUCCGGUGUGGACGUUACGUACAGGAGGCAGAACUCUAAUAAUGAGAAGGGCACCCUGAGAUCGGGGAAGGCAUCUCCACUUAAUGAGCGCCCUCAGAGUUUGCCCCCGUCUAGCCCCGCCCAUACUGACCUCAGUGAGCGAAGGCUGUCCCUCUACGAUAAUGUGGACGUUUAUUACAAUGCGCAUUAUGAGCAGAGCAUGGAGGAGUCUUUGGAAGCCGUUGGAACGCCAACGGCUCACGCGAAGGACGGGAUGUUCUAUGUGACCGGAGUGACGAACGAUCCCCGAGUGACGGGGAUGUCGCAAGGGUUGGAUCAAGCGGCAAGCACUGAAAUUGGCAAUACUUCCUCAAACUUCAAGACCUACCCAGAGCCUGGACAGGCUCCAGGAACCUCUUCGCAGCUGAGCUCUCCUCCGCCCCCAACCAAACCCACCAGCCUGGGUAACCUGCAGUCCUUCGAAGUACAGAAGACAUCCAUCCAAUAUCAGAAGAGGACGUCGUGGGAAGGGUCACAGUCGCAACCGAGCUUUAGCCCCAGCCGUAGUCCCGGAGCAGCAGCAGCAUCCGCUUCAGCUCGACCUGCAGGUGUCUCCCCUGUGCGGACAUCACCAACACGCAAGCCAGCCAGUCCCAUCAAUGGCGUUCAAUACUUUCAUUCACAGGUCACCUAUAUCUGAAAACCUCUCCGGUUCGGGUCAAAUGUCAAAGCUCAAAGGUCAUCAAAGGUCAAACUGGAGGAUGGGAGAGGAUGGAAUGUAAAAGAGGACCAACUAGUGUGUAACAUCCAGAAUAAUAUGUAGGAACAAUAUUAAAUUAGAUAUAGUCAGAGCAUUGCUUGUUAAAAGUAGUGUAAUCCAUGAGGGUCAAUGGUCAUAAGUCACCUCCAUAUACAAAAUGCAAAUAUCUGCAGCAAUAGGUGACAUCUUGUGCCUCUUUUAAAAGGUGUUAAACAUUUCUAAGUGGUUUGAAGAAAUACAUUGUAAGAAUAUACCUCAAGGUACAGUACAAGCUCUUUAUCUGCAAGAAAUCAGUAAGUUUGAAUUUUGCAGAUGGAAAUCAAAAUAUGUUUUGAAAAUUUGGUAGUUUAAAUGAUCAACGGCUGACAUAUCAAUAAUGAGCGCUAAACUUUUCAUAUUUAUAUGAAAAAGUGAUCAUCUUGUUCAAAAUACAUAAAACAUGGAAAUAAAACAAAAUCAUGAAUUCUCUCAAAAUUACAUAGAUCAAUAUAUUGAUUUAUUGAUUGGUGAAUUAUUGCCAAAUUAAUUUUCUGUUUAAAAGAAAAACUAUUGUAAUUGAACCAAGCAGUUUGGUUAAUUCACAUACAUGCCCUAAUGGAGAUUAAAACAGAAACCUCUGAUAAUUGUACAAACACAAUAUUCCAAAAACAUGCUUUAACACAAACUUACCACUCAUAUUAACAAGGAAUAGUAUAAAUGAUUAUACAAAAAGUUGUUGGCUUGGCAUGUAUACCCAAUAAAUCUUUAGUGCGUAGCCACACUUGAUUUUUCUUCCUUAAUUCUAUUAACUAUUAUCACUUUUUUCCCCGAACAUAUCGUUUGCAUUUAACUUUUAUAUUAAUGGAUGCUACAAUAAUGCAUCUUUUAUCAGUUACCCAUCAUUAGGUUACCAAUAAAAUAGUGUUUGUCUUUAUCAAUACUAUCAUUCAAUACUGGAGAGUUCAUAUUUUAUGAUAUUUAAGAGCUGUUUCUUGCAUAUUAACUCUAUUCUUUUGCAACUACUUAUUACUUGGUGUUACCAUAUUUGCACCACUCCAUAUACAUGUAUAACCAAAGAAAGAGAGUGGUGUUUUAAUUUCUGACCAAAUUUAGCCCUCAGAAAGGUACCCAUAGGAAAGAGAAGGGCUGUUUACCGGUCUAUGUCAAAUUACGUAGACCCACACACUCAUUUUCAUGUGUGUCUCUUUUUUUGUACCAUGUACAUGUUUGGAGUAUCCUUAUUUCAAGUGCAAAACUAUCAGUGUACAUAUUGUAUAUUUAUUAGAUAGAGGAGAACAUUUCUACCCUAUUUCUGAAUUUUUUAUAAGAACCAUUUGAUAUAGGACUCUACAUGUAUGUUUGUGCCAUAGGUGUAUAUCAAUGUUUUUAAUACAUUGGUUUUAUAAUAUUUUCAUGGCAAAUAUUGAUUGUUGUCAAUUUUCAUUUUAUGUACAGCGAUAUGUAGGAAAAUCUUCAAUUUCCCUUUCCUGUUUCCUUACCUAUUCCCAUACAUGUCAUUUGAUGUGGGUUGUUUGGGUAUUAAUGUAUACAUUCUGUCGAAAUCAAAUGUUCAUGUAUUAAUUAGUUGCCUGUUAUCCAAUGGUUGAACAGUUCUGAAUUUCAUAUCAAGUUUUUAACAUGUUUCAAAGCGGCAGCAUCAAUUUGCUACAAUUUUUUUUUAUAAUUCUUUUUCUUUUUACUUUUAUGAGGGUUGAACUAAAUUGGAUUGAUUCAAAUAUGAUACGAUAUAAGCGCAUGGCUUUCAACGCUUAUUAUUGCAUUUAUCUUAUUAUCCCAGCUUUUAAAUUGGAAUACAUUUUUAAUUUCUUCUUUUUCCCAUCUGGUAGUGCACAUUUUAGUCAUUAGAGCUAUAAAGUAAUUUGAAUAUUGCAUAAGUGUGGCAAUAAAUUAUCUAGUGCUUUGUGGCUUUCUUUUUAGGGAAGUAAGAUGGAUUUUACUUUUACCAGUAUCCAUGUAGGGUUCUACACAAUCAUUUUGCACUUACAGGUUUUAGUAUUUUAUUGUAUAUGAAAUAUAAUUUUAUAUCAUUAGAUUUAUUUUGAUAUAAGUAACAAAUUUGUUUUAAUUGGAACUUCUGAGAAGGUUGUGUACAUGUGUAAAUGUAAAUUGUAAUUUAGGAUUGCAAUAAUAUUUGUUUUGUAUUUGAUCAGAGUGGCGUGAUUAUAGAACAAAAAGGCGGUAAGUCAUAUUUUCUUAAAUUUGAUGUGGAGUGUGUUCUCUCUGGAGGAAGAGCCUGAAAACAGUGUAAGUGUUAAAAAGAUGUAUGUGUCCUGAGGAUGUGAAUGUUAUCUCUGUAAUAAGAAAACAUCAACAAACAUAUUAAGAUAGGAACAGCAGUGGACUGUGAGCUUGAGGCUAACAACCUGUUUAGGACACCUUCAAGCAAAGGGAUCUGAGAUGGUGAUUUUGCUUUCAACAGCAAUUAUUGUUGGAAUAACUAGCUUUAAUUUGUUGUUGUUGAUUGGUUUUUAACGGCGCUCUCAUUAAAAAAAGAAUAUAUGCGCCAAUCAAAAUUAUGUUAUCAUAUAAAAAAUGUUUUUAUUUUAUUAUUUUCAGCAGGUAAGGCCUUAUAUUUUAAGAUUUGAGGAGUAUAAGGUGUAACAAGCUUUGUUACACUGAAAACACACUGUAAAUGAUAAUGCCUCUUUGCUUAAAGGUAAAAUCUUUAAGAUUUUUAGCAGAGCUGAAAUACAGGUGGUGGUAUUCCUUGCACGGCUGAAAUCGUUGAUGGGGAUGUCCGUUGGGAACUCAUAUAUGCCCUACACAUUAAUAUCUUUCAAGGACAAGAUGAAUGGUGAAUGAUGAAACACAAUGGAGGAAACAGGUUAUACGAGUACGAACUGAACUUUUAUGGAACAAGUUUUUGGUUACAAAUGAAUAUUGAAUUUAUCUUUCUCAUCGAUAUUGAUGGAGGAAAUGAAUCGUAGUAUUCCGAAGAAGUGGGGGCCGACUCUUUUUUUCAGUCUUGGCGUAGCCCUGGCAUUAUUUUUAAGAGUUUUACUCAUUGCUGUUAUAGUAUUACCUAUGGUGGCGUCGUCCAUUUAAAGUGUGAACAUAAUGCCAUCUCUGAAAGAUAUCUGUCAACAUUCUGACAGGAAAAUGAAAACUCUAGCUGUAAAGUUGUCAAUCACACUAAUUGACUCAAAUAAAGCCUAGCGCACACUAUGCGAUUCAAUUUGCUGAUCCGACUGCAAAACAAGUUGCCAAUUGCAUCUCGGUGCAAUCGAAUCGCAGACCAGCACACACAUUACUACAGAUCUGCAAUGCGCUGCAUCUCUAUAGCGCCUCCUCUUUUAUGCGUAUGUUGUCUGCACUGCAGUACAUGUAGCUCAGCAAAUUGGCCGUGAGGUCAUGGUUUAGGACAAAUCUGAUUCGCUCAAAAUCACGAAGAAUCACAGGACGCAGUCAGAUGUCUAAGAUUUGGUGUGCGUUUCUUUUGCAACAAAUCGGAUCGCAAUGGAAGUGCGUUGCAGGUUGGCGCACACUCUGCUAUUCUGUUGCGAUAGGAUCUUAGUGUAAUCUUGUGGCAUGGUGUGUGCUGGGCUUGAGCUAUAAGUCUAAUCAUCCCCAUCAGUGCUAUGAGUUAUAUUUACCAUGGUUAAGUUGUAAUAGUGGAGUAAUUUCAAGCUUUUGAAGCAAAUGCAGUAGUAAAUAAUUUGGAAGUGGAUUGUUGACAUUUAAAAAAAAAAUGCAUUUUUCUCUUUAUUUUAUUGAUGUUGGAAUGUUCAAGUUUAUUUUUUAUUUGAUAUAUUUUCCAUGCAGAUUUAGAAUAAUUAUGUAUCAUUGUGAAGAAAGUGUAACAUCAGUGAAAUGUUGUGUUUCAUGUGUUUUGUAUUUGUAUUUGUACAUUUGUGUAUGAUUUACUUUAAUUAUAUAUGUUGUAUUCAAAUUUUUAUUAGUUGAAUGUAAUUAUAUGAGUCGAGCAUAAAGUGAGGAGAAUAUUAUGGAAUAUACCUGAGCAUUUUCUGUUGCUUCAUGAAUAGGUUAGUUGUUAUAUGUUUGAAACAAUAUUUGACCUGAAUUUAUACAGUAAAGCAUUUGUUUUCAGCAGUUAUUUACAUGUUGAUCUAUAUAGUGUACAUGUACCUCUUUAUAUUUUUUAUGUUUUCAGUUUUAAUUUCUUACUGUGGGGAUUUAAAUUCAUGAUUAAUCUUGGUCAUUAUUUUCUUAAAUUCACAAGUGACAUCAUAUUUCUUCUGGACGGGCUAGAUGUGUAGGCUCCUGUGUUCCUUAUCUAUUUUAGGACAAAUAUAUCUCUUUUUCAAAAGUUUAAUGAGACAAAUUUCAUGGUAGUUUAUUUUCAAAUAUCUUUUCUUCCUUUUGAUAUCUCGUUUCUGUCCAGCAUGUACUGUUUAUCUUUUACUAUGUACGUUAUUUUCUAAUCGGUCUCCCUGACUUGUUUUUCUUCUGUAUACCCAUCUAUCUAUCUAUCUAUCUAUCUCUCUCUCUCUAUCUAUCUAUCUUUCUUACUAUCCAUCUAGCCACCCAUCUAUCUUUUCUAUAUCCAUCCAUCUAUCUAUUUUGUCUCUUCUUUAAUCAUUGAAAUACUAAUCUAUCUUUUAGUCAAUUUUUCAGUCUCUACGUUUGUCCUGAUCAUGUUCAUCCUACAUUUCUUGUUAACCAUCUAAAACUCAUAUACAUGUACAUCUCCAUCAUCAACCCACCCAAUCCUAUAUAUCAUCUGCUAAUUUAGUCAAAAUCUUGUGAGAAAUAACUCUAAUUUUCCAAGUUUGCUGUUCCUCUCUAUAUAUCUCUGAUUGCCUGCAAAGCCAUAUUUUGCCAUGAAUGAAAUUAAAGUAAUGUUGAAACAAUUAUUAUUGAUAUUUUCAGGACAACUCUAGCAAUACAGCUUCUGAGUGUUUUUAUGAAUUAUGCUUCUAUUGCUUUUGUCUUUUACCUGAUUUAUAAAUGCAUAUUUAUCUCUUUUUUUUCCAGCCACUUGUAUGCUUUCAUUGUAAUUAUGUACCUAUGUCUGUGGAGAAAAAGUAGAAAAUAUGUUACUUUAUUUACAUAGGAAUAUUUGAUUUUGAGUCAUGUAAAUGUUUGGAUUGGAAUUAAUUCUCAAAUUGAGAACGCAUAAUUUUUAUUUUUUAUUUUUGUUGCUGUUAUUUGCUUCUAUGAUUUGCAUGUAAAUAUGGCUGCGGAGUCGCUAUGUGAAUUAAAGAUGUUUUUAUUUUCGAGAAUCUGUGAGGUAUUCUGCGUGCAGGAUGACAAUAAUUAUCUUUGGUAUACCGGUUUGGAGUGGUGUUUUACUGCUAGAAUGAAAGCCACUUGGAGGUGUAUAAACCCCUUUUAUCAUGAAAUAAUGUACAUUAUUAUACACUGUGAAUGUCUUUGCAUUAUGAUACUGAUGAUGAUGAUUAUUGUUAUUAUUCUUAUUAUGUUUGAAGAUUUAGAGUAAUAUAUGUGGGAUAGAUAAAGA